CGUGCUGCGAAGGUCAUUUGCACGUUGCAUUUUCAGCUCAAAUCUGCUGUUUAGCUGAAUCAAUCGACUCUUAUCAUGCCGCUUAUUUGCAGUUGCAAUUUUGAUGCAGAGCUAACAUGAGAGGCGAUUCAGUGCGAUUCCUGCUGUUCGGUUGCUGUUGGGUCCUUGCCGCGGUACAAGCUAUUACACACUACAACUGCAAAAAUGAUCGCCGUUUUCUUGCGUUCAAUAUUUGUAUUGUGGAAUAUGUUAACUUAGACAGUGACGAGGAUCAUCGAUUUCCAAACGUCACGCAUCUGGAGUUUCGGAAUGGACAGUUCAAAAGUAUUGGAGUGGAUUUUUUUCUCUCGAUUGGUGAUAUGAAGCGUUUGACUUUCCGGAAUGGAUUUUUGAAGGAUAUUCGUUUCUGGUCGCCUGUACUGGAAGAACUUCGUGUGGUAAACACGGAAUUAGUGGAGUUUGACGUACUAAGUGAACCUAACGACAGCUUGAAACAGCUCGCUAUUCGCUCUAAGUUUUAUUCGAAAUGGUCUCCGCAAAUGCGACUACUAAAAGCGCUGGAAGUGAUCGAUAUUGGAUACUGUAAUUUUACACACCUGAAUUUGGAUUGGUUUACGGGUUACAGGAAUCUUCGAGUACUGGAUGUCUCUAAAAAUCGUCUACAUGCGCUGUUCAGUGGUCCACAUCUGAAGCUGCAAGCUCUGGAAGAGCUUUACCUCUAUGGUAAUCGAUUCGAAUAUUUGUGGCGCUUUCCGGAUGCUUUUCCAAGUUUGAAGUUUGUUAGCUUGUCAGAAAAUAAAUGGAUCUGCAGUUGGGUAUCGAUGGCUCGUGAUGCGCUUUUCGUUCUGAAUAUGGUUCUAAUGGAUUCUGAUGUCGAUUGUGAACAUGGAUGGAUUAGCAUUGGAGGAAUAUGCUGCCGACAAACUGGAUAUUCAAAAACAGUGCGAACAGUAAAUCGAGUGAAGGUACUGAAAGAUGAAACGGUGGCGCAGAAUCGACAGCUUGAGAUAUUACUAGGUAACGGUAGCAGAGAAGGGGUACAAAUGGCGAUUGGGGCGAAGGUUGAUGGAAAUACUGUUUUCGUUGACAAGCUAAUGCCAGUAGUUUUGACAUAGUAUAGUUUAUUCAAAGAAGUGACAAAUUUUCUUAAAUAUAAAUAUUUAUCUCUGUAUCCUCAA